ACCGGUUGUUGAAUGUGUGUCGUGGAACUGAAUGAAUCCACAUCUCAGUCAGUCAUAGUUGUAUUCCAGCACUUCUGAACGUUGUUCAGUGAUUUUUCCCCCAACAAUUAUUUCAACAUCUGAAGUAUGCCUUCUAAAUUCGAAAUUUGUCCUGGAAGAAUGAUCGGGGGUCAACAUCCUUGCUUCAUAAUUGCCGAAAUCGGGCAAAAUCAUCAAGGGGAUAUUGAAAUCGCCAAGAAAAUGAUCAAACUGGCAAAGGAAGCUGGGGCAGAUUGUGCCAAAUUCCAGAAGAGUGAGCUUGAAUUCAAGUUCAAUAAACGAGCACUGGACCGACCAUACACCUCUAAACACUCUUGGGGAAAGACAUACGGAGAACACAAGCGUCAUCUCGAGUUUAGUCAUGAGCAAUACAGAGAGCUGCAAAAAUAUGCCAAAGAAGUUGGCAUUUUCUUCACCGCAUCUGGCAUGGAUGAGAUGGCGGUGGAAUUCCUUCACGAGUUGGAUGUUCCCUUUUUCAAAGUUGGAUCUGGAGAUACUAAUAACUUUCCUUACCUUGAAAAGACAGCUAAGAAAGGGAGACCCAUGGUGGUGUCAAGUGGAAUGCAGUCCAUGGAGACGAUGCGUCUCGUCUACCAAACAGUGAAGAAACACAACCAGAACUUCUGCAUUCUUCAAUGCACCAGUGCCUAUCCCCUUGAAGCUGAGGAUGUAAACCUGCGGGUCAUAACUGAAUACCAAAAGGAGUUCCCAGACAUCCCAAUUGGAUAUUCGGGUCAUGAGUCAGGAACCUGUGUCAGCCUGGCUGCAGUAGCACUUGGUGCAAAGGUGGUUGAACGCCAUGUGACCCUUGACAAGACCUGGAAAGGCAGUGACCAUGCGGCCUCGUUGGACUUCACUGAAUUGGGGGAGCUGGUGCGGUCCAUCCGCACAGUGGAGAGGGCUCUGGGCUCAGGCAUUAAACAGAUGCUUCCUUGUGAGGUGCCUUGCCAUGAUAAGCUGGGCAAGUCUAUUGUGGCUAAAACUGCCAUUCCAAAGGGCAGUGUGCUAACACUGGAGAUGAUGACGGUGAAAGUGGCCGAGCCGAAAGGGGCACCACCAGAAGAUAUCUUUCAACUAGUGGGCAAGAAGGUGACCGCUGAUGUGGAAGAGGAUGAAAGCAUCACUGAAGACAUUGUUGACCACUACGGGAAAAAGGCCAAAAGCUGAGGCAGAAGUAUCAGAGAACCCCACUUAUAUGGCCGUCCAACAGUGUCAUGCUUUCUUUUUAUUAUGUUCAAUAAUGAAAAGUGUUGAUCCAGCUCUCUCAAUUCUGUGAGCGAGGGCAAAACUGUACACUUUCACUGAAUAUUGUGCCAUUACGCCUUCUGUGUUGUAACAACUUUUAUUCCAAAGUGUGUUGCUCAUCAAGGUUGUACACUGUUGUCUGAUGAACACUAUUACAUUUUUAAAUACCA